CUGACGAAAAUGUCGAGGAUCAGCCUGCCUAUCAAAAAGAUAAACGACAAGACCAAAAAUUGGACGACAUUGAUACAGGUCGUGGAAAGAACCCAUGUGAACAAAAGAAAAAAUAAUUCAUCAGUACUGUACCGCAGAUUUUUAUUUACUGAUGAAGAGUUGCCUAUAACCACGUCAUUAAUCAAUUCACGGAGACGCUCCUCCCGAGCAAUUGUCCGUCUGGAGAAACCAGAAUUUAAAGUAGGUGACUAUGAUUACAAUUGGCUCCUCGUGAAUGGCACUUAUGCAGAGGACUUUAUGGAAAGCAUACCACCACAGUUUCCAUGCCAUAUUGGACUUCAUAGGUUCAAAGACUUGCACAAAUUUGCAGACACCGAAAAUUUGAAGAGUAAUGGCCGACUUGACUUUGUUGUUGGAAAUCGAGCUUUAUGGUACACUGCAUGCAACAAAUGCCACGAAACUUACAAUGUGCCUCUUGAUACUGCCAUCAAAUGUAGGAGUUGCCAAAAAGAGGCAUACAUCGAAGCAAGGUGUCGUAUACCAAUAAGAAUCAAUGAUGGUACAGGCAUUGUAAAUGCCAUUGCCUAUGGUGAAGAUACAGAAAAAUUAAUUCCAUUCAAUGGCAUCCAAAUGUACACCGCUGAACAACAGGGGAAAGAUUUAAUACCAGAAAUUGCACAAGCUAUCAAAGGUCAACAUAUCACCUGCUAUAUCAAACACUAUGAGACAGAGUACUCAUCUCAAACUCGUGCCAUGCACAAAGUGGUCAAACUGUACACCAAACAAGAGCUGAUGAAACCCCACGCAACUGUUACCGAACAAUCAAAUACACAACGAACACCAGAAACAAGCUCAUCAAAA